UCAUAAAAUAAUUAUAAAGUGCGAGGUGUAUUGACGACGAAUAGUUUGCCAUAAUGCAAUAAUUAUGAACAACAGCGGGAAAAAAAGAGUGCAGUGAUGAGUUUAAGAAAAAAAUGUGAAAAAAUUUCUCGUCGAGAAAAAAUCGAAAAGUGAAAAGGCGAAGUGAAUUGGAAUUGAACGUGGAUAGAAAAAAGAGGAACGUGGAAGGAAGGAAGCAUUCGUAAAAAAGGAUAAAGAGUAAGCUCGUUAAAUUGCGACGACGAUUAUUACGAAGACGACGAUCAACUUUGGAUUAAAUAUAGCAAAUUAAGCGUUAAUGUCAUCACUAAUGCAAGAAAAGUAAAUAACACGGAUUAUCUUACGACUAUAUAGCAACAACAGCAACAACAUAAACAAGAAGAUUAUCUCGACAACUUUUAGCAAGAGUCAAAACAAUAAUUAAAUUAAACAACAACAAAAAUUAAAAAAAAAAUCACAAAAAUCACCAACAGACGUGGCAGCAAUAUUUUCUAAAGCAAAAAGAAUAACGAGCAAAUCACAACAGCAACAUAAACAUCAACACCAGCUGCAGCAAGCAACCAAUCAACAUCAACAAUAGUAGUUUAAAAGAAUUGUAAAAAUCACAAUUGUUAUAAUUACAAUAAUAAGCGCAAAAGUACAAACCACGGAUCAAUACCAAAGAUGGAGGCGAAAUUCUUGGCAAGCGUUAUUUCAUUCCUCUCGAUAUUUUUAGCGAUUUAUGCUGAUUUGGCAGAUUUUGACUAUGAGACAGCGAUUUAUUAUGGCGAUUCAAAUGUGAAUAUUGGCGAGCCAUUCUCAAUCACAUGCAUAGUCCCCUUGGCCGAACCCAUAUUUUGGCUAAAAGAUGGCGAGCCAAUAACGCGACACAAUCUACGCCACGGACGCGAUGAGCACUCCUACACGCUGUCGGAGAGUGCCAUUGAGGGUGAGAAACACAAAAUCGAGGCGCAUCUUUCCGUGCGUCACGCGCUUAAGGUGCACGAGGGUCAGUAUAAGUGCAACAAUUUGCACACAAGCUACCAUAUGUUGCACGUACGCAGCGCCAAUGAAGCGCCAACACACCCACAAACAUAUACACCAUUUGUGGUAACAGCGGGUGGCGUCGGCGGCGGCGGUGACGGUGACGGUGGCCAUCUUUCAACGCUCUCGGCAUACGAAACGAUACACGAUCUGACACCCAGUUCGGCUGAUGAUAUUUUCACACGCAUAUGGGAGCCGCAUAUGGAGGUGGACGUUUCGCCGGCUAUGCCACUGCCAACACAAACUACCACAACAACAACACACCGGCGACAACAUCAUCACCAUCAUCAACAGCAACAGCAGCAGCAGCAACAACAAAGGCCCCAACCUAAAACAACGAAACUGGAUGAGCAACACAAAUUGAUUUAUAUAAACGCCACAAACUUCGAUGGUAAUCCAUCCUUAACGCUGCCGGAUAGCAGCAGCGAAGGCGCCAGCAUUGGCAGUGAACUGGACACAGGCCUUAUCAAUCUGGAGUAUAUAACGCCGCCAAAAAAAUAUGGCGAAAUAACAACGGCGCCUAGUCGCGGUUACGGUGGUAGUGGUGGCGGUGUCGGUGGUGGUGGCGGUGCUAACGCCAAAUAUCCACCGAUGCCGAACUUCCCACCACCACGCACAACAAUGCUGUCCACAACAGUAGCGCCAGUCGCGCAAUUUUUCACACCUCCACAUCAUCAUUUGGAGCACCACGGUCACGGGAUCACUGCCAGCAAUAGCAAUAACAUGUAUAACAAUCCUUUAACAACACACGGCUAUCAAUUGGUUGAAACACAAUCCACAUUUCCGCUGCAAACAGCUGCGCCAAAUUAUCAGCAACCGACACAAAUGUUUACGCCACAACAAAUUGGCAGUAGUGGUGUGCAAACGUUGACACCAAUGGAUGUUUACCAGCAACAACAGCAACAGCAACAUCAACAGCAGCGCAAUCAACUGCAAACCUAUCCACCGCAUCAGUUUAUAAAUCAGCAGCAGCAGCAACGACACCCUAUAUCUGGUGUGACCGCGGUUACGGCGGGCGGCGUCAUGUCGCUCCCCACAGCUUUGUCGCCACAACCCACUCGCAUGGCACAAGUGCCAAUCCGCAAGGAUACUGAAUUUUUGGUGCCAAACUACGAUAAUGCAGAACAUCAGUUAAAAGUAUAUGAAAUCAGAUCACCUCUAGUACUUAGCUGUAACAUAACCAAAGCUGGUGAUUAUGUGCUGAAAUGGGAAAAGAACGGUACGGAUGUUGCGAAAGUCAAAGAGCUUGCAGGUCGUUAUAGAAUUAUUGCGGCCGAAAGAAAGUUCAUUAUUGACCGAACAGAUAUUGCCGAUGAUGGUCUCUACAGUUGUGUAGCCGAUGAUCAGAAGAAAGAAAUUAAUGUAGUUGCUCGCGUUGUUGUACGAGUGCCUUCGAAUACCGGUGUUGUAGAGGGUGAGAAAUUGUCAAUUGUCUGUACAUCUGUUGGUACAGACCCACAAUUGUCCUGGAUGAUUGGCAAUUUGACAAUCUCAAACAGCACAGGUCGUUAUAUGUUGAAACCCGAUGAUAAUCAAGUGAAAAACGCAAUUUUGUCUGUUGAAAACAUCAGCCUGGAUGAUAGAGGCGAAUAUAAAUGCAUUGGACACAACGACGCCAAUGAGUAUGCCGGCUACGCUGAUGCUAGUGAUGCAUCAUUUGUUCGUGUUAAGGGCAAACUCGCCGCCUUGUGGCCUUUCCUGGGUAUCUGCGCCGAAGUUCUGAUCCUCUGUGCGAUCAUUCUCAUCUACGAAAAGCGACGCAACAAGAGUGAAUUGGAAGAAAGCGACACAGAUCCACAAGAUCAGAAGAAGAAAAGGAGAAAUUAUGAUUAGAUUUCCUAGAAAUUAAACAGGCAUACAUACUGAUUGUAUGUAUGACUCACACACACUCACUCACUGUUGCAAUCGUCAAGCUUAAAUUCCGAACAAAUCCAAAACGCGUGUGUAACGAGUACGAGCAUUAGAAUAUAGAAAAACUACUACAACUACAAGAACAACAACAAGAACUAUUACUACUACUACUACAACAACAACAACAACAAGAACAAAAGAAACAUAAAAACAACACGAGCAAGAAGAAGAACUUGAAAUCAAUUGUUUUAUUGUAUUGUAGUACCUAAAUGUGUAUUCGAAGCCGAAAGUGAUAAAAACUCCCAAACAAAAUAUUUACCUAAUUGCGAAAAUUAGAUAAAAGAAAAACAACAAAAACAAAAACAAAAUGCAAAAAAUACACACUCACCUAGAUACAUGUUUAAUAAAAACGGUACGGCGGUACUGCUGAGCGCGCUAAUAUAUUAAUUGCAAAGCAUGAAUGAGACGAUUUGUUGCGCAACCAUAAAGAAAUCUCAAGUAAAACUGUAAUGUAAAACUUAACGCAAAAGACCUGACGAAUUGAUGCAUUGUAGAAGGCGGACGUCGUUACUCGCGCAGAAAACUUUGCGCCACGAGUUGGGCGCAGAGUGGCGAAAAUGUUUUCAUAAAUUAUGAAAAAUAAAAUAAAGAAUUAAAUAAAAAUUUAAAAUGUAAUGAAAAUCAUUAAAAACUAAAAAAAAUUUAAAAUUAAAGCAAGAGCAAGUAAAUAAUUAUGAAGAUUUUGUAAUACAAAUGUAAAAGAAAAAAUGAAAAAAAAAAUAUUAUUGACGACAACUUGGAGAGUUAAUUCAAUAUUUACUAAUUUUAUGGUGCAAACUGUUGAAUUGUAUAAUUUAAAUAGUGAAAAAAAAUUUAAUAUAAAAUUGUAAUUACAAAUAUAUAAUUUAUUAAUUGACUAAUUAGUUAAUUAGCAUGUGGGCAAAUUAAAAACAGUAAACGGUGGCAGUGGCGCAGCGAAAGCUAAAAAUGUUGAAGUUUAUGUGCGAUGAGUUUUUAAUUUGCCCCUCCCCAAAGUAUAUGUUUAAGAAAAACUGCCAAAACUUUAAAAGUUCCGGACAGUUUUGUCGGUUAACAAGUAAAUAACAUGAAAACUAGGAUACAAAAUGUAAGUUAAUAAUGUAAACAUAAUAAAACUAUUAAUAAUAUUAUGAAUAACAAUAACAAUAGUAUUGAAAAUUUUAAAUUGAUAAUUAAACGCACUUUAAUUUAAAGCAGAGCUUAUGUGAAUAAAUAUGAAAAAUGAUAAAGUUGAAA